GCUGGAGGCGGGCGGCCGUCCAGGGUCCCGUGUUGGGAGACAGCUGAGCCCCAGCUGCGCGGGUGGUAGAGCGGUAGGGAGGCUUCCACUCCGGUUCUGAACCCGGCCACUAAGCUCCCUCCCUGUCCCUGCGCCCACCCAGCCCCACGCUCGCGCCCCUAUCCAGGCCACUCCCCCACGCCCCUUCUCCGAGCCGGCGCCGUCUGACCCGCCGGCAAAUCCCCUUUGCUGUCCACACGCCUCAACCCGCCUACUCCCGCGGGAGUCUCGCCUUCUCUAACCGCGCCGGCCCACCCGGCCUCCUCUCGGUGCCACUACGCACCCCAACCCGGUCCCAUUCAGCCCCCGCGCUCUGCCGCCCGAUUCCACCUGGAAUCCGAGCUCCUGGGGAUCCCUUCCUGGGGAGCCCCAAACCGCUUGCUUCCAGGACUGGUUCCCGCUUUGAGGUGAAAUCAUGAAGAGGAAAUAGAACGAAUAAUAAUGCUUUUCCGGAAUCGCUUCUUGCUGCUGCUGGCCCUGGCUGCACUGCUGGCCUUCCUCAGCCUCAGCCUUCAGUUCUUGCACCUAAUCCCCAUGUCGACAGCGAAAGAUGGAUCGAGCAGCAAGAGCCGGAAGAGGAUCCUGCCCGACCCAGUGACGGAGCCCCGGGUGGCCGACCCCGUGUAUGAAGCUCUUCUGUACUGUAACAUCCCGAGCGUGGCCGAGCGCAGCAUGGAAGGCCAUGCCCCACAUCAUUUUAAGCUGAUCUCGGUGCAGGUGUUUAUCCGCCAUGGGGACAGGUACCCCCUGUACGCCAUUCCCAAGACAAAGCGGCUGGACAUUGACUGCACUCUGGUGGCUAACAGGAAACCAUACCACCCCAAACUGGAAGCUUUCGUUAGUCACAUGUCAAAAGGACCUGAGACCGCUUUCGAAAGCCCCUUAAGCUCCCUGCCUCCUUUCCCCAACCACCCUCUGUGUGAGAUGGGAGAACUCACACAGACAGGAGUUGUGCAGCACUUGCAGAAUGGCCAGUUGCUGAGGGACAUCUAUGUAAAGAAACACAAGCUCCUGCCGGCUGACUGGUCUGCAGACCAGCUUUACCUAGAGACCACUGGGAAAAGCCGCACGCUGCAGAGUGGGCUGGCCUUGCUCUACGGCUUCCUCCCAGAUUUUGACUGGAAGAAGAUUUAUUUCAGGCACCAGCCAAGUGCCCUUUUCUGCUCUGGAAACUGUUACUGCCCGCUAAGAAACCAGUAUCUGGAGAAGGAGCAGCGCCGUCAGUAUCUCCUGCGGCUGAAGAACAGCCAGCUGGAGAAGACCUACGGGGAGAUGGCCCGGGUCGUGGGCAUCCCCACCAAGCAGCUGCGGGCCGCCAACCCCGUAGACUCCUUGCUCUGCCACUUCUGCCACAACGUCAGCUUCCCCUGCACCAGAAGCGGGUGCAUUGACAUGGGACACUUCAAGGUGAUCAGGAUGCAUCAGAUAGAAGAUGAGAAGGAGAGGCGCGAGAAGAAGCUGUACCUCAGGUACUCGCUGCUGGGUGCCCACCCUAUCCUGAAUCAAACCAUCAGCCGGAUGCAGCGUGCUGCUGAGGGAAGGAAAGAUGAACUCUUCGCCCUCUACUCUGCUCACGAUGUCACUCUGUCACCAGUCCUCAGUGCUUUGGGCCUUUCAGAAGCCAGGUUCCCAAGAUUUGCAGCCAGGCUGAUAUUUGAGCUCUGGCAAGACAGAGAAAAGCCCAGUGAACACUCGGUCCGGAUUCUUUACAACGGAGUGGAUGUCACAUUCCACACGGCCUUCUGCCAGGACCACCACAGGCGUUCUCCCAAGCCCAUGUGUCCCCUUGAGAACUUUGUCCGCUUUGUCAAAAGGGACAUGUUUGUGGCCCUGGACAGCAGUGGUACGAAUUAUUACGAUGCCUGCCACAUGGAAGGAAUCUAAAAGGUACAUGGGGCAGCACUACAGAGCCUGUACCGACACAGAAGGCAGGGAAGAGUCCACUCCUAGAUCUGUGUGUUGCUAAGCGUAUAAGAGUAUUGACUUUCAAAGGCUAAGACUUGUGUAUGGAGCUGUGUAGGUGGUUUGGACUGAAUAGAAGCACAUAGCUAUAAUCUAGUACAUGAGUUACUCGGUACAAAGUGGCCAGAUUGUAGAGAAAAGAAGGUACUUUCACACGGUCAAACUGGGCUUACAAUGCCAGGAUAAUAUUAGUUCAUAUUCUUUUGGCCUAUGGUGGAGCCAGCAAAAGCUCAGCCCAAAUUUUCUUAAUAUUGAAUCUUUUUACCUUGUCCUGGUUCAGUGAUUUAUCUAAAACAGAGGUUGGUCUUUUUUUUUUUUUUUUUCUUUCCUAUAAAGGUCCACAAAACAUUUCAGACAGUGCAGACCGCAAGGCCGCAUAUAGUCCGUGGCCCAGCUACUCAAUUCUGCCUUCGUAACAUGAAAAGUAACCACAAACCAUAUACGGAGGGGUACGUGUGGGGCUGUGUCCAUGGCUGUACCAAGAUCACGGGCUGCAGUUUGUUGUUCCCUGAUUUAAAAAACAGGCUCCACUCUGCUUGCACUUCCUGCACUUUGAGAACCAGUUGAAUACCAAGAAUUGUUCAAGGGCUCCUCUGGUGACUUGCGCUAGCAACACAGAAUAUGGUGAUGUUACAAUAAAACUUGAUGGAGAAUAAACAUUUGGAUCAGAACGAAUCAUAGAAAUAUGAUUAGAAUAAUACUUGAUGUUCAUGAUGAUUGUGGUACAAAAUAGUUUUAAAUAUGUUCCAGAUAUUUGUCUGCUGUAGUCUACUUGCUGUAAAUGCUGAAAUUUUUGUAUUGCAUUUAGUAUUUUUAUAGUCUAGGCAAAUAUUUUCUAAGCUAAGUUUUAGAUGUGCUUUUAUUCCUCUAUAGUAAUGUUCCAUUUCCUGUACCUUCUUGGCAGUUGGAAGGAGGCCAGAAGCUGAAUUCAGGUACUUUUUUCCAAAAAGACUAAGGAUGGCUCAUUCCGUUUGACAAGCCAUCGAACUGGAUCAAUUUUUAAAGGAUUUUCCUCUGUUUCAAAUGGUAAAUUCCAAUUGAUUUUUAAUACGUUUUUAGAGGAACUUUGUUACUAGAUAGUUGGAUACUAUUUCUAAGGUAUUUUAUAUAUCAGAAGCAAUUUGAUUAAGUCUGUGAUUUCUGAAUGAAUGGUGCUAGUUCUCUCCAAGGAAACGUGAAAAGCACGAGUGAGAUUCUCUGGUGGAGUUGGAGUCCCCACCCCUUUAUCUCUUUGUUUUUUGUCUGGUGUUGCAUUGGAUUGUGUCUGUUUCUAUGAAUAAAUUUUUGAAGAAUACUUACCCC